AACCAGCAGCGCCCUCUUAGUGGCAGUGUCGGGGUGAAAGGAGGUGGUGUCUGAAGUAUAGCCAGCAGCACGGUGCAGCAGUCUGAGUGGGAAAAUGGAGGUAAAGGCGCAAGAGAAAACACCGCUCAGCAACACGCCGCGUCAGCCCUACAAGUCCUGCCACCCACCGAGUCCCCUUCCAGUAUCCAUCACAGGAAGCGGGAUGUGGAAAUCAUUAUACCGAUGAAUUACGUAGGAAUGAUCGUCUAUUGUACGCAACAAGACAGCGUAUCGAGAUUUCUCUGCAUGGCUACUCAGCUCGCUGGCAGCUCUUCACUCCCCCAUCCCCCCUUCCCUUUCCCCGGGCGAGGCCGCUGCCGCUCCGCCAAAAGGUCUGUGCGACUGAGGGCUGACUAGCUGCUCGUCUCCAGUCACCGCAGAUGCAGUACGAAGGACGGUGGUGCCGCGCUGUUUUUCCUGGAACGCUUUCCCCGUCAUUUCUUUUUUUUUGAGACACUGGUUUAUAGAGGGUGGGAGUGAAGACAGGCCUGGCUAGAACGUGCGCCCUACACCCUGCAUAUCACACCACCACUAUCACCAUGACUCGUACACUCUGCUCAAGAAGUGGGUGGUUCCUGUUCCAUGCGGCGCUGCAAACCGUGUUGGCACUCACCCACGAAAGAGGGGUCGAAGGCCUGGGUGCCGCGAGGAUGACGGUGGACAACGUGUGGACAGGAGCUGACACUAUUACUGUCUCCAUCUUGCCCUCUAACCUCUCCAACCACAAAAUCUUGGUGUCUGUGCAGCAGGAGGAUAAUGCCAGCAUGAUAGUGGUCGACACACUCCAGAGGCAAUCUACACCAGCAUUGAAUUUUCUCAUGCCAUUACAACAUCAAGUGGAGGAGCUUAUGCCAGACACCAGGUACAAGGUGUGUGUGGCUCUGAGUGAGCAGGAAAGCUCCCAACCUGACACAUUGCACAGUGAAUGUUACAGGGUCAAAACAUUUCCCAGAGUGGACAACGUCAAAGGAGUGUAUGGAGGCCUGGUGGCUGUGGCUGUCUUCCUGGUGGCCUGUGGGCUGGGCUGGCUAAUUUACAGGGCAUUCUGGGUUAAAUACUACACCCAAGUUCUUAAAGUUCAAGACAACCAACAAGUGGAGCAGCCAAUGGCAGGACAUCCAACCUCCAGUCCCCCCAAGGAGAUUAUGCCUUCAGAAACUGAAUCAACACUUUCAACAGUAGAAACAACACAAUAGAUCCACAUACAACACUCCUCCCAAUGAUGAUGUGGAGCAGCAUUAGUAUACAGCAUUAGGGUCCACAUUAGUAUUACCAUGAAUAUAUAUCUAUAAUGUACUACCUAUAUCUGAUUUUUAAAUACAAUUUAUUAUCUACAUUUAUAA